GUGUCGUAGCCCAAUCCGAGAAUAAAACGACGCCGUACAAGGAGAGUCGGCUCGUUCUUUGUUUGCAACCAAACCCCGUCUACAUUGACCUGAAAGCUUCGAUACUUGUGGAGAAAGAUUUCCCGACGAGGAGAGGAGAGAGGGGGGAGCUCCCGGAGGAUGGGAAUAUUCAAGAGCUGCUUCUCUUUCAUGGUGGGCACUGCUUUCGGUGUAUACGUGGCACAGAACUACAACGUCCCCAACAUCAGGAAGCUCGCCAACACUGGUUUCGUCAUCGCCAAGCACAUCGAGGAGAACUAUCGCAAACCCAAGAAGGGCGACGACGGUGAUUGAUUCGGUUUGCGAUCUCAUCGUUUUGAUUCUUUGCGAAAUCUAUGUCGAUUUGAAUGGCUCCGGCUCUGAAUUUCGAUCGGGGAUUUCAGGCGGAGUCUCCGGAAUUUAGGGUUUAUCGAUUGUGAUUUAAAACCGGGAAACAGUCGGAUGGAUAUGGUAAUUUUGGGAUAUGUGGAUUUAUUGGUGAUCGGAUGAGGGGGAUUUUAACCUAGGGAUCAUAAAAACUUCGGCUUUCAUACUGAUUUUUCCUGUUAAAGUAUUGUUUGCUGGAAACUUGAAAUUUCUUCUAAUCUUUGCAAAAAAAAGUUUGAUUGAA